UUCCCGUUGGGAAUGCCCCGUUCCCGGGGGGAAUGCCCCGUUCGGUGCAGGAGAUCGAGCAGAGGCUGCAGCAGCAGGCGGCUCUGUCCCCAACGGCCGCGCCCGCCGUGCCCGCCGUGGGCAAACAGGACGGCAUCCUGAGGCACCACUCCCUCCGGCAGGCCCCGCAGCCCCAGAGCAGCCUCCAGCGCGGAAUUCCCACCUCUGCCCGCUCCAUGCUCUCCAACUUCGCCCAGGCCCCCCAGCUCUCCGUGGCAGGGGGGCUGCUCGGGAUGCCAGGGGUGAACAUCGCGUACCUGAACGCCGGGCUGGGCGCCCACAAAGCGUCGAGCCUGGCGGAGCGGCAGCGGGAAUAUCUGCUGGAUAUGAUCCCACCCCGCUCCAUAUCCCAGCCCAUCAGCGGACAGAAAUAACCCCCCCUCACCCCCCUGGGGCUCCUCCUGCCCCUCACAAGGUUGUGUUUUUUUUGGGGGGAAAAAACCCCCGGAAAAAAAGGAAAAAAAAACCCCGGAAAAAAGGAAAAAAAACCCUGGAAAAAAAGGAAAAAAAAAAUAAGGAAAAAAAAAAAAACCAACCAGGAAAAAAAAACCUGGGAGAACAAAGACAAGGCAAAGCCACCCCCUUAUCCAUCCCACCCCCUUUUUCCAGGUUUUUGGUAUCCC